UCGAAAUGGAACUUCGAAUUCUGCCACAUUUUCAGGAACUUUGAUUUAUCAGUAGUAGGAAUAGUACAAUACGCUGCUCAAGGCAUCAAUUAAGUAAAUCUGCACAAGAUAACCCCCCUGUUGUAAUUGAUAAAUUUGUUUCUUUGUGGAGUUGCUGUAUGGGGGUAAUAAUAGUGUAAAUUGAUUUAUUAUGAAGAUGGAACAAAAGUAUCGUGGUUUAUGCUUACUCAAGUUAGAAGAUUUGAAGUAAAAAAAAUGGAAAGAAAUAAGAGAUUGACUACUGAGUAUAUUUGUGUACCUCAGUAUGACAAGAAUUACUCACCACUAGAAGUUUGUGGUGAAAUGGUUUAUGCUUCACCCAAACAAAUGACCAAAUAUAACAGAGAUGAUGAUAUGGAUGAUGUAUUAGAUAGAUUAAACAACUGUAAUCUGAAGAAACUAGAAUAUUAUGUUUGUGCCGUCUGUAGCUGUAAGUCAGCCAUUUUGUCUGGUGAUUUAAGAGUCAACAGAGAGCAAACAAAUGAAGAAGAUUCAGAAGAUGAAGGAAUUGGUGUUGAGGAGAUCAUGAAUAUUCUGCAAAAACAUCAAUACAAGCCUCCGAGUUGCCAUGGUAAUAAAGCUUUACUACGGUUGAUUACAUCAUUUAGUGGGAUAGGUGUAACAGAUGACCAGUUGAAUCAGAUUCAGGAUUUAUUAUCAUCAGAGAAAUCGUCUUUUCAAGAAGUGACAUUAACGUUUCUUUAUCAGCUUUGUUUAUAUGAGGAAACAGCCAUUAAAGUUAGUCAACAUGCUAUCAUGGAGAUGAUAUUUAAUAUUUUAUCUUCACCAAAUGAUGUCCCUGUUCAAGUUGCAGCAUUUAAAACUGUUGAAAAGCUAUUUACCUACAAUAGUAUCAGUGAUAGUUUAUGGAAUCAAGUAGAUACUUGUAUUUUACCAUGUAUAUUACGUACUUACUAUACAUCCAGUCCACUAGCUGUUAAAUAUAGUGCUACAUGUUUGUUACGUUCUCUCUCCAUGAAUAAAUCAACAGCUGAUCUUCUAGGACAAGAAGCCUUAUUGAUAUUAAAACAGUUUAAAGAUUCUAGUGCUAGGUUAAAGGAAAUUUUUACUGAGAUAUUGGUAAAUUUAUAUCGUCAUCAAGGUUUAGUGGACAAAAAACUACUGGACACUAAUCUACUACCAACCUGUUCCGACUUAAUUAGUGAAGGUCCAUGUUCUAGUCAGACAAUAGCAUUAUCACUUUUGUCAAGUUUAUUAGAGGAUGAGAAAUACAUAUUAGUAACAAUCAACCAUAAAUACCUUAUACCAUCCCUUCUUAACUGUUUACAACUCUCAGAUUGCAGGAAAGUUAGAGAAGCAGCCAUUUGUGUUUUAAAACAUGUUACCAGAAGUCAACAACCCAAGAUAGCUCAUGAUUUUAUGACACAGAUAGGAAUUUAUUUUCAAGCUGAUUGUGAUGAUACUGUGAUACAUAAUCAUCUGAUGUAUCCAGUAUUGUUAAAACAUCAAACAGAAGAAAAACUCUGGAGCUCUAUGGAUCAGUUUAUACAUCUGAUUGUCAUGGCUAUAAGCAAAGAAGCUGAAUUAACAAACUUUGAAGGUGUGGAUGGACUAAUGACCUGUAAUUUAACCCUGAAUCAAGUGGGAUGUCUGACACAUCUGUCUCAAAUACUAUCUAAUUUAUGUGUUUGGCCCAUAGAAAAACAUAAAUCUUCUUUACCAAAAAUAGAAGUAAAUGAUUUGAGUGAAGAUCAUGAAAUAAAGUUCAUGUUGUCUAAGAUGAACCGUUUCUUAACUUUAGACGUAUGGCACAGAGCUGGAACCAACAUGAUGACAAUUUUACGUAAAUUCAGCAGAAAGUUGCAGACAUGCCUUGACUUUUCACCAACCUGUGAAACUAUUCAAACAACUACACCUGGUUUACUCACAGAAAAAGAAAAUGAACUUGUCCAAAAUGUUCUAAGAUUAUUAGCUUUUAUUUCUGUGGCAACUUGUCAAAAUUUCAAGUUAUCGAACAACAAUAGUAUGAAAGCUAACAAACCGUCUGCUAAAACACAGAUCUGGGUAGAUUCCAAUCCUCAUUUAACCAGCAGUAUUGAUAGAGUAUCACAAGUUAUUGAUCCAGAGAUAGCUCUUAAAGAUAAACAGACUAUGGAAGCUGUCCAUGAAGGGAAACUAAUAAGACAACACUUAUAUGAACAAAAUUUAUAUGGAGUGUUGAGUCCAUUCCUAGAAUCUAAAGAUACAAGAAUAAGUGUAAUGUCACCACUGAUAUUAAGAUGUUCUGUACAACCAUUGGAUGAUAUAUUUGAGACUGAUGAGGUAAUUACUCCUCAACCUCCUUCAAACAAACCUAAAAGAUCCAGACCUCAAUCUGCCAUCACAAGAAGUAAUAGGCAUAAAAUAGAGUUGGCUUUACAUGGCAUGUCUCCACAGUUAUCUUCAUCCAUGAAGAAAAUUCUUGGACAAAGACCAGUUUCAGCUUGUAACAGAAACAAAACAGAUCAAAAGACAACAUUGAAACCACCAGUUGAUGGCAACAAACCACUAACUCAACAAUGUCGUCAGUCAGCAGUACGAACUUGUGGUCCACGGCUAUUGAAAGGCAUCUUCAGUAAAUCUAGAGAUGUAAAGAAGAGUUGUCUGCUUCUCAUUCAAGAUCUUGUUAAAUAUGGAACUGUAGAAACACACAUGGAAUUAUCACAGCUAGGUUGUAUACCAAAACUUAUUGAUUUUCUCCGUAUUAAUGAAGAUGAUGAGAUGUUAGAAAUUUCAGGUUUGAUAUUGACUAAGAUGUUGAUUAGCAGUGAUUUUCGAUUAAAACAAUUAUUUAAUCGUCAUGGUGGAUCUAGUGUACUAAUGGCAAUGGCUCAGUAUACUAAAGGAAAGUUGAGAGAUGAAGUCAGACUAACGUUACAAGAAGUUACAAGAGGAGAUGAGCAAGUCACUCGUCCUGUUUCUACUCCAUCUUCAAGUACUAGAGCACCUGAUGUUUGGGAUCAUAUUAUGGGACGAUGGAAACAAGAAGAUCAAGUUGUUCUUGUCUUAAGAAAAUGGUUGAAAGAAGAUGAGGAAAAGAAAAGGCUAUUUCACUAUUAAAAUUAGUUCCGGUAUAGGAAUAUAUAUUUUGUUUCUUACAUUAUUCCUUUUAGAAAAUUAUAGGAUACAUAUAUAAUAUUUUUUUAGAGAGUAUAAAAUCUUAUUUGUAAAAGAGAGUCAACAAUUUUAUUGCUAAAAUCCCUACACAAUUGUACUUGUUUUUAUUUUUUAUAUCCAAAUUAAAUGUGAAUCUAUUUUUUAUAUUUUUCUACGCAUACUUUUUAUGUUGUUUUUUUUUAAGGCUUGCAUAUGUAGACUUACAACUCGGCCCAAUAUACAUUAAUUACUUAGUAAGAUAUCAUUUCAAUAUUGUUGUGUUAAAACGGAAUAAAAAGUAUUUGUUGCAAGUGCAAAAUUGCCAAUUGGUACAUUUAUGAUUAGGCUUGAAAUUGGUUAUGUCCAAAAAACCAGUUAAAACUUAAAAGUCAUAGGAAGUUUUGUAAAUUAAAAGUUAGAGUUGAGUUGUUAUUAGUUCCAUUUUACAGUCAACAUGUACCAGUCUUUAGCUAAGAAUAUUAUAAAUUAAUACAUGUAUUAUUAUUUAUAAUUUGUUUUAAUUUAUAUCAAAGAAUUACUGUAUUUAUGAAAAUUAUAUAUAUUUUACCACUUUAAGUGCAUUAUAAAUGCCAUUCUGUCCAUAUACCAUGAAUCUCUAAUUAUUACAUUUUAGAUAAUUUUUUGUAGUGCAUUAAAUGCUUUCAAUUCUAUUUUUUAUUCAUUGGAUUUUACUGUUUUAUAUUAUUAUAAGAUGAAUACAAACUGUUGUCGUGUCUGAUUUCAGGAAAAAUAUUUUCAAUAGGUCAUAAUAAUAUUUAUAAACUAGAGAUAUAAAGCUUUCACAACAAUGCCAAGUAUUACGCAAGGGGAUUAUCUAAUCGUCCCACAGCAAGUGAAGAAAAAUAACUAAUUUAAGAAAAAACGUCCAAAUAAAGGUGUUAAUGAUU